GCCGGGCGAGGCUCAACCUGGCGGCUGGAGUUUAGUCCUCGCGCUGCAGUGGGUGAAGCUGUGUCUGUUCCCAGGGCUCUGGCGGCCGCUGUCGUUUCGGGAUCCUGAUCGUGAUGGGGACAAAGGCGAAAGCCGGGAAGAAACAGUUGCUUCUCUUCACAUCGGUGAUUCUGUGCUCCCUGGCAUUGGGCAGGGGCGCAGUGUACACUUCUGAACCUGAAGUCAAAAUUGCUGAGAAUAAGUCCGCCAAGUUGCCCUGCUCCUACUCGGGCUUCUCUUCUCCCCGUGUGGAGUGGAAGUUUGCCCAAGGUGACACCACCAGCCUUGUUUGCUAUAACAACAAGAUCACAGGUUCCUAUGAGGACCGAGUUACUUUCUCACCUAGCGGCAUCAGCUUCCAAUCUGUGACCCGGAAAGACACGGGGACAUAUACUUGUAUGGUCUCUGAUGAGGGCGGCAACACCUACGGGGAGGUCAGCAUCCAGCUCACUGUGCUUGUGCCUCCAUCCAAGCCUACAGUCAGCAUCCCUUCCUCUGCCACCAUCGGGAACCGGGCAGUGCUGACCUGCUCAGAGAGUGAUGGUUCUCCACCCUCUGAAUACACCUGGUACAGGGAUGGGGUACAGAUGCCUACGGAGCCCAAGAACAACCGUGCCUUCAUCAACUCUUCCUAUACCCUGAAUCAGAAGACAGGGGAGCUGGUCUUUGACCCCGUGUCGGCCUCUGAUACUGGAGAAUAUUCUUGUCAGGCACAGAAUGGGUAUGGGACACCCAUGAGGUCAGAUGCUGUGCGCAUGGACGCUGUGGAGUUGAAUGUGGGGGGCAUCGUGGCAGCUGUCCUCGUAACACUCAUUCUCCUUGGAUUCUUGAUUUUUGGCAUCUGGUUCGCCUAUAGCCGAGGCUACUUUAACAGAGCAAAGAAAGGGACCUCGAGUUCAAGUAAGAAGGUGAUUUACAGCCAGCCCACUGCUCGAAGUGAAGGGGAAUUCAGACAGACCUCAUCAUUCCUGGUGUGACCUGGUCCACCUCAUCUCCUGUCCUCUGUGCUUGCCUUGCUCAGGUGCUACCAGACUCUGGCCCCUGAUGUCUGUAGUUUCACAGGAUGCCUUAUUUGUCUUCUAGCCCCACAGGGGCCCCCACUUUUAUCUUAGUUAGGAUGUGUUUUUUAAUAAUGUCAGCUACGUGCCCCUUCCUUCUUCAUCUCUCCCUUCCUUUCCCACCACUGCGGAGUGUCCUGGGACUUGUUUAAAGCUUUCAUUCCCCAUCCCUACGUGGGAUCAGGCAGGACUCCUGAGUGAUGUCUGUGGACUUCCAGCUAGACAGCAAGAAUGACAAGCAGUCCCUCCCCUCCUGCGUGUAGUGGCCCUCCAGUAGGGAUCUUGAGCCCUGUUCCUUGGCUCUUUCCUCCCAUACUGUGGACUGGUACCAGCUGUUCGGGAGACCACAGCAGCUGAAAUGGUUGUUUGGUGACAACGUCAAGUCUCUUCCGCCUCUGCAGCCCACUUUCUUCUGUCUUCCCAUGGGAAGUGCCACUGGGAUCCUCCUGCACCGUUUUCCCAUCCUUCUCCUGAACAGAAGCAGACUGACACCAACUGUGUCUCUAGGAAAAUGGGGGCUUUUAUUGUGGAGAGCACAGUGAGCCUUCAGGGGACACGGAGCAGAAUAGUUUUAAAACCGCUGAUCUAAAGAAAAGAAAGCUGGAGCUGGUAGCUCAAGCCGUCACCCUUCCCUUGGCUGGAACAACCAGAUGGAGCCUUAUAAGAUGUGUCUGCAAGGCUGUGGGGAUGUGUGUAGCAGUCUUAGCUCUUUGCUGAGUGUGUGUGUGUGUGUGUGUGUGUGUGUGUGUGUGGUCUUAGCUCUAUGCUGAAACCUAAUGUGUGCUGGAGGGCUUCUUAGCUCUUUGGUGAGAUUGUGUGUGUGUGUGUUUCUAUGUAGCUGGAUGUUGCUGGAAAUAAAAACAUGAUUUGUCAAAGCUUCUUGUUGUGGGGGGUGGAGGGAAUAGGUUCCUUGGCUCCUUUGUGCGAACAUAAAAAUGCCUAAAGCCUGCUUCCCCGCAACCUGGGCUGCUCCCUGGCUCCCUGUCUCACCCCUUCCUGGUUCCUGUCUCAUGGUGGAGCUUCUGAACAUUGGUCCCUCAUUCCAGAGCCCUCUUGUGGCAGGCCUUCCUCUGCAGGAGGAGGGCACCCUGGGCAAAGCUGUGCUCUGGAAUUCUACUUGGUCUGUUCCACCAUGUCAGAGAGAAAUUGCCCACCCUCCCACCUCUGCCAACCAGAUGCAUUAAAAGACUUCUCUAAAGCUAAGGGAAAUCUGCUCCCGAGCCUGAAGGAAGGAGGAGUUCUUGAACGUUUUGGAGAACUCCUUUAUAGUGGUGUAAAGUAGUAGCUACUACUUUAUUUAGUGGGGUGGGUGUUUAAGGAGAAUAUAAUUUGAGACCAGGUCAUGAAGUGAUCUGCAUUUGAGACCAGGAGUCAGCAGGGUAGGCCUGCCUGUUAUAGCUCUCCUCUUCCCAUUUGGACCCUUCUUUGCCCUUAAAUUCCUGUUUCCUCAUCUACCACAGUCCCCCAGUCUAUUUAUUAACUAGCAAGAGGGCAAAUAAGGAGUCUUCCAGGGUUGAUUUUGCUUAUUUCUUUCUGUGGAGGAUACUAAAUGCCAUGUUGCCAUAUUCUGUUCCCUUAUCUGGAAAUUCCUCACAGAACUGAGUUUUCUUUUUUAUCAAGGAUCCAAAAAGAAAAACAAAAAACAAAUCAAACCAUCAGUUAAGGGUCAUGCACCAAUAAAAAAUAAAUUUUCCAGAUGGAAAUAAAAUCUAAUUAGACAAUAAAAGUAGAGAUGAAAUGGUUCAGUAAGAAUGAGAUUUUGAAAGUAUGUUUCAGUUCUGUAUCAUGGUUGGGAGACAGGGUAGGAGGGAUAUGGAGAAAAGGCCACAGAGGAGCAGAGGUGAUUCAUUGCUCCUGUAGGUCUGAGGUGAAUGGUCCCUCCCUCCUGAGGUCACUCAAGAUAACUAUGAGUCAGUCCUUACCAGCCUUGGAAUUUACCUCUCCAGUUUAUACAGCCCCUGUGAGUUGGAAAACACCUUGUCUGCUUUCAUUUUAGAAUGUCAAAACUAAUUUUUGUAAUAAAUGUUUAUUUUUCACAU